ACAGAACGGCCUACAAUGGAUAUUUCUGAGAUCUGUUAUUAUCGUUAAAUUGGUUAAAUACUUUGAGAUUUCCAUACAACAACUAAUAGAGUUUACGUGAGCAACCCAUUUUGGUGUACCAUAGUCAUAAUAAAGUAUUUGGAUUGCAUUGCACGCGGCGGCAUAUCAUCAGUGAUAAAGUAAGAAAAUAAAAUAUGGAUAAUGUUACCUAUGAUAAGACCAAAAAAACGAAUUUAGCUUUGCCCAAUAGUACAAUUGAAAUGCCAUCAUGGUUGCUGGAAAUGACUGACAAUGUAGGAAAAAUAGAUAUAGAUAACGAUGCCAAAUCACUACAAAUGGGAGCAUUUUUGAUUGACGAUCAAUAUUACUUUAAAAAUAUUUUUCUCAAAAAGGAAGCUGAUGAUACAAAUACACAACCCGUCGCAUGCUUAAAUGAUCUUUACGAUGUCGAUGACAAUAUUAAAUUACAAACGUCUGCGAGCAAAUCACUGCCAAAUACACCAAAAAAUGGAGAAGUUAAACAAACAAGAACACGCGCUUGUUCUGCAGUUGUAAAUGCGAAACGUCGUACAAGAGAUGAUUUUCGCGAAUUAGAUGCAUAUUUAGAAAGAAAGCAGAUAGAAAUGCAUGGCAAUUAUUUAGCAUCUGACGAUUAUUGCAACAAUGCGAGGAUUUGCAAUAAGGAAUCUAAUUUGAAAUAUUCUACGAAUGUUCUGCAGGAUCGUGCAAAUACACAAUUACAUUUGUUGGACGACAAUUAUUAUUCUAGUACCUUUAGUAUAAAGAAUGAAGAAAAGCCAAAAUUGUUCUCUACUCAAGAAACUUUUAAAUUGUCUAACUUAUUUGAAAAUGAUUUCGUCAAAAGUAUAAAUCAUGCAUCAAACAAUGAUUUGCUAGGGACAGAUAAAAUUUACAGAAACUUUAUUAUUCCCGAAUUACCAUCUGGAGACUCGUUAGUUAUUGAUAUUCUUUCUACUUGGGGCGACAAAUAUUAUGUAGGACUCAAUGGCAUUGAAAUUUUUUCAAGUACCGGAGAACCAGCUAAAAUAAAAGAAAUAUAUGCAGAUACGAGCAAUAAUCAAUCACUGGAUAACAAUCGUAUGCCUCAUAAUGUAAAUAACUUGAUUAAUGGCAUUAAUCGGACGAGAGAUGAUGCAAAUUUAUGGUUAAUGCCUUAUACAAGUGGUGAUCAUCAUUAUGUUCAUAUGAUAUUUGAAUACACGAUUACUAUAGCAAUGAUCAGAAUAUGGAAUUAUAAUAAAUCUAGAAUACAUUCCUUUAGGGGAGCCAGAGAUAUUAUCAUUAAACUGAAUGACAUUAUUAUUUUUGAUGGAGAAAUUGCUAAAGCAUCAGGGGAUGAUAUGGGUAGUCUUGAUUCCUUUGGUGAUACUAUAUUAUUUACAACGGAUGAAAAUAUUCUGGAACUGAUAUCAAAACAUGAUAAUACAUUCAUAGAAUUCAAUAAUGAGAUAUCAGAUUAUGAGGAAAAAGAAACAAUUCGUCCAAUAACAGCAACAACCAAUGAUAUUACUUCAGCAAGACAUAAAAGUAACGAUUCUGUUGAGAAUUUUUCCAAUUUGCAUUCUAAUAGCAAAAUUUAUAAGACACCUUCUACCACUCUGUGCUGUAAAGAAGUUCAGUUGAUUAUUAUUUCCAAUUGGGGUUUGCAACAUCUAGUUGGUCUUACUGGUAUAGAAUUAAUCGGAGAUCAAGGUAUAACAGUUCCAUUAAUGGACGCUAAUUUAUAUUGUAAUGUAGAAAAUACGCAUUUAACGAAUCUGAUCGACGGAUAUAAUAUUACAACUGAAAUGGAUCACAUGUGGCUAGCAGAUGUAAUAUCGAAUAAAAGAAUUGCAAUAACUGUUACUUUUGAUACAGAUGUAUAUCUAACAGGAAUACGGAUCUGGAAUUAUAAUGCAUCUCUAGAACUGUCUUAUUGUGGAGUAAAACGAUUAUUAAUUAAAUUGGACGGUAAACAAUUACACGACGAAAAUCCUGAAGGAUUUUUAUUAAGACGCGCACCGGGAUCUUGUCAUUAUGAUUUUGUCCAAGAAAUUAAUUUCGCUAAUCCAUCUGUCCAAGAACAUCUUUCGGAUCAUUCCUCCGAUUUAGUUAAAUCCGAAGAACUUGCGUCUUUGGAUUCAAACUAUGAAGCACCGUCAAUGCCGCAGGGAUUCGUUUAUCAAAUAAUAAUCUUCUCCACAUGGGGAGACUCUUAUUAUGUUGGUCUGAAUGGUAUACAAAUAUAUGACAAUUAUGGAAAUGAACUCAAGUUAACUGCAGAUAAUAUAGCUGCAUUUCCUGAAAGCGUUAAUAUAAUAGAGGGCAUAGAUAAUGACAUUCGUACACCAGACAAACUUAUCGACGGAAUAAAUAAUACUAAAGACGGAUGUCAUGCUUGGUUAGCACCUAUACUUCCUGGACAAACAAAUCGUGUGUAUAUAAUAUUUUAUCAUCCUGUUAUGGUAUCAACGAUUAAAAUAUGGAAUUAUGGAAAAACGUCGCAAAGAAGAGUUAAAGAAUUUGCAAUAUUGGUAGACGAUCUGUUAGUUUACAAUGGAACUUUAGAUAAACAUAAUCCAUAUGGACUGGUAACGUUUGUAAAAGAAAGCAGUAAUAAUGAAAAUCUGGUGAACUGCGCGGAACAAGAAAAUUGCCUUUUAAAUUUACGAAGAAAUACCUUGGGUGCUAACUCAGUACCAGAUCCAUCACUUCGUCCACACACAUCUUUACAAUUUACAGAAUCAUAACGCUACAUACAUAUUUGUA